AUGGACAACUUAAAUUCAACACUUGUGUCUCUGGAGGAAAUGUCAGAUAUGACUGACAUGGAAAAUGGCACCAUGAACAACCUUAGAACAUUAAGUGAUUACAUAUUAAAUGUGACUGACAUUGUGACUGUAUGCAUUGAGCUGCCGGUUUUAUGCUGGGCUGUUUUUGCUCUGUAUCAUCAGGUCAAGGCUGACAAUGUCACACCUGUUUAUGUCAUGAACCUCCUCAUUUCAGAUUUCAUCCAGAUCAUUGGUAGAAUUCUAGAUUUAAUGCAUAUUGGUUCUCACUUUGUGCUCAUUUUCGGUUUAUUACUCAGUGUUGGGUUCAUGGUGUGUAUCGCACUGGAGAGAUACCUCCUGGUUGUGCAUCCUUUGUGGUAUCGAUGUCGCCGCACUAUCAAACACUCCAUACUCAUUUCACUGGUUAUCUGUGCGUUUGUGGUGCUCAUUUUCACAGGUUUGUUUUUCUGGUUCUACAUGUUCACAUUUAUUGGAGUUGCCACCUUCCUUAUCCUCCCAUUGCCGCUGCUGCUGUUCUUCCUGGGAGCCACGUGGAGAGCCCUCUCCCACUCCAUCUCAGUCCCACACAAAGAAAAGAAAAGGAUUCUGGGUACACUGAUACUCGUCCUGCUCUUAUAUUUCAUUUUGUUCUUUCCAACAAUAUUAUUCAUUUCUUCUAUGUUUUCUGGGAGUUUCUCAGAAAUUGAUUUUUGGAAAUUAUUUAUUGUUAUUUUUGUGUUCAUGUACAUCAGCCCGCUAAUUGACCCCCUGCUGUACAUCUUAAUUAAGAAAGAUGCCAGGUACACAGUGAAGGUCCCACACUGCUAUUGGAGACUUAGGGCUCACAGACAGAACAGACAGACAUCCACCAUUUCAGCUGAAAAUAUUACCAGUGUCUAA